CUUUAGGAAAGCCAUGCGAGACAUCCUCUUCUUCUGAUCCGUUGUGUCUACAUUGGGACUCAACAAGAACUCCGACAACAACUGAAGUGUUAGAGCUGGAGAACAUAAACAAUGUGAUUUUUUAUAAGCGUAUAUAAAUAUAUCCGUAUUGUAUUGUUUGAAAAGUGGAUUUUUAGGGACUCCUUGAAAAGGUCCACAAAUCGGUGUCUUGUAGGAUUGUAAAUUUGACAUGUGUUUAUAAAAGAUUGUAAAUGUAAAGAUUGUGUUUAUAAGGACUAUAUAAAUUAAUAUAUAAGAGGUUUACAUAGAUUUGUUUUAUUUAUUCUACAGGUUGAGGUUAGCACAGUGAUUGGAUUGGCCGAGGAAUACAAAAAUUUGGUGGGGGCAACACAUAGUGACGAUGCUGAGUUUCACAGUGUUGUGAAACUAGUUCAACAAGGAUAUAAAAUGAGGAGAAGCGAUUGGGAGAAAGGUUUUGUGGGUAUGUUUGUUGCAACAGAAGAUAUAGGCCAACAACGCAAGACAAAAGACGAAGAUGCAGAGCAUGGUGAAGAUCUGAACCAUAAUGAAGAUGAAGAGGAAAAGACAGAUGAAAAGGAAAAUAAAGAUGAAGAGUAUCAAAAGGUUAAGGAGCAAAGAAAAGAUAAAAAUCAUUCCAUGUCUAACAGCGAAAAACUUGAUAAGCUAAUCCAAAUGGUUCGUGAUUUAGAUAAGCGGGUAGUAAUGAUCCAGAAUGUUUUAGGAGUUAAGGUAACCAAUUCAAAUUUUACCAAUUACUUAUCAAAUUUCACGUGUUAUUCCUCUCUAACGAUUUCACUUGUUUUUUUUGAAGUUUAACGACGGUUUAACAAACAAAGAAGAUUGUGAAAAUGGAGCUAGUUCUGGUGAUAGAAGAAGUGCACAAGAUUAUGAAAAUGAAGAAGAUACAAUUGAUGAAGAAACAAACUCAGGUGAUAAAAAAAUGCACCAGAUGAUGAAAAUGAAGAAGAUACAAUUGCGGAAGAAGCAAACUCUGGGGAUGGAAGAAGUGCACUGGAUGAAGAAAAUGAAAAAGAGAUAUGUGAUGAAGAAGCGAAAUCUGGUACAGAGCAUCAAAGGGAAUAAGAGAAUAUUCUUGGGGAAAUUAAGACUACACAAAAAAUCACUCAAGACGAAGACACAGAAAAACUUGAAUCAAAAAGUUGCUUGAAACAAACGUCGCAGGUAUGAAUCUAAAAUAGGAUAUAAAAGUUUAUAAUUUUUUUGAUUUAGUGCUGGGCAAAUUGAAUUUCUUAUUUCUUUUGUAGGUUACGUCGCCUACUCCAACAUUCAAUACUCCAAACUUUGAUACAAGGAUACAAAAUUAAUAUAUUUUAUAAGGCCUUGUAAAAGUUUAAUGUAUAUAGCAUAAACAUCUAAUUUUCAAAUAUUUUGUCUGAAGGUUUCAUCGCAUAAUCCAACAUUUACGUCUCCUAAGUUUGAUCUCCUUUAACAAGAAAGUCACAGUGGAAAGGGUACAAAUGAGAUAUUUUAUAAUGCUUUAUAAACUAUUUCAUGAUCGAUAAGGUCUCUUAAACAAUUAUAUAAAAACGAUUUGCAUGAAUCAGGUUCUUAUGAGAGAUGUUUGUGAGAUUCAUGUUUUCCAACCCCUAUUGAAAAUUAAAAAGAGAUUGGUACAACAAGACAGCCAGGUUUGUUUUCCAAACUUUAUGAGUAUUGAUUUAUUUUAUAGACAUAAUAACCCUUUGUAAAAACUUUUUUUUUUAUCUGUAGGUAAACAAAGAUGUUGAGCCUCCACUUCAAAAGAAGUUUAAAGCUGAUACAGAUAAUGUUUCACUAAGAAGAAUUGAAAGAGGUCAAAUACCAUCCAUUCAUACACAACCACCGUUUACAGGAGCAAGAAAGAAACAUCCGAUUCUUCAUCCAUUUGAGCCAGUUGAUAAAACAAGAAAAGAAAAGAUGAGAGAAUGGAAAAUGUCAAACAAAAGAAAGUAAGUUUUAUUUUAUAAGAAACUAUAUAUUUCAUGAGGUGAAACUAGAUACCUACAUAAAAAGUAUAAGUGUCUAAUGUAGGAAACUGAGAAUCAAUCAAGAGAUAGUAACCGCAAAGUGGUUUUCGGAUAUUGAAACUCCGGGGAAAAAGCUUUCAAAAACGGUUAGACUAUAUGUGAACAAAAAUUAUUUAUAAUCCCUUAUAAAUUUAUAUUAAUCUUCUUUAUAAAACUAUAUGAUCGCUUUUCUGAGUAUUUGUUUUUUAUUUUUGUCUCAGCAUAUUGAAGCAGGUUUUGAAUUGCUGAAACUGAGACAGAUAAACAAUCCAGAUUUGUUUCUGAACAAAACUUCCUUAGUUGUUGGAGUGAAGUUUCUUGAAGAAAUAGAUGAGUUUUAUGAUGAGUUUUUAGAUGACAAGAAAAGUUUCCAAAUUGGAGCAGGCUUUGACAAGUACAACAUAGAGAAGAAUAUCAACUUCCUCUAUUCGGCCAUUGCAGUAGCAGAGAAGUAUUGGCUUGGAGUUGUAGUCAACUUGGAGAAGAGAAGUAUCACAACAUUCAAUUGUGCAGCAAUGAAGUUCACAGAUGCGAGUUUGGUCCUUUACGUUAAUGCAUAUGCGAUGGCUCUCCCAUUCAUGAUUCGCAACUUCUUCAAAGAUGUCAGCAUGGAUACAAGCAAGUCCUCGAUAAAAAUUGUAUCUGAAGGUUUCCCAAAGGUAACAUCUUUAUAACCGCUUAUAAAUCUUCAUGUUAGAUUUGUAUCCAGGUUCUUAAGAUCAAAUAACUUAUAUUAUCAUUUAUCUGCUAUGUUCUUAAGACUAAUAUAUUACUAAAACAUUUUUGUUUAAGGUUCUUAAAAUAGAAGACAUUGGAGUUUAUGCAUUGAAGCUUAUAGAGUGCCAUGCAAUGCGUAUAGUGGACAUGACAAAGCUGAGUGAAGAAAAAAUUGCAAUCAUCCGAGAAAAGUUGGCGGUUGAUAUCUUCUCGGAAUUACAAUGAAUACUAAUGUGGGAAUGAACAAAAAAUUUAUCGCUUGCUUAUAGUUAUGUGUGAACAACUAUCUGUUUUAUGAGUGUUUGGUAAACUUUGUUUGUAGAAUUCUGAGUAUUAUGAGUUUAUGACUUGGAUUUAUGGCUUUGCUUAAAUUAAGAAAGUUCAAUGGUAAAUUUGUAUUUCAGUAGCUUUAUAAGACAUUAUUACAAAUAGUUUAUAACCUCUUAUAAAAUCAAAACAAAAUGGUUUAUUACAAAAUUAUAUCUUAGUAGCUUUAUAAGACCUUAUUAAAACUGGUUUUUUACCUCUUGUGAAAUCAAAUGAGUUUAAGAUAUAUAAAGGAGUAUUGAAAAGUUAUAAAAAUUUAUAAAUCGUUUUUCAAGAGCUCAUCAGUUCAUAAAACAACCAAAAUGAUUUAUAAAUCUGUAUAAAAUAAUGUAUAAGGGCAUAUAAAUUUAUAUAAGAUAAAAAAAAAUAAAACUUGUUUUUUAUCUCUUGUAAAAUCAAUCGAGUUUAGGAUAUAUAAAGGUGAAUUUAAAAGUUAUAAAGACUUAUAAAUCUAUAAAAAUUAAUUUAUAAAGGCUUCUAAAUCAGUUUACAAUAUUAUAUACAAAAAUAAUGAUAUGUAAACACCAAUACGAGGAUAUAUAAAGGCGUAUUUAAAAGUUAUAAAGACUUAUAAAUCUAUAAAAAUUAAUUUAUAAAGGCUUCUAAAUCAGUUUAAAAUAUUAUAUACAAAAAUAAUGAUAUGUAAACAACAAUACGAGGAUAUAUAAAGGCGUAUUAAAAGUUAUAAAGACUUAUAAAUCUAUAAAAAUUAAUUUAUAAAGGCUUCUAAAUCAGUUUACAAUAUUAUAUACAAAAAUAAUUGUAUGUAAACAACAAUACGAGAAAACGUGCUAAUCGUAACGAGUAUGUAAUAUGGUCUAGUGGUAAGUUGAGGUUACUUUAAAUUUCAAUUUAGACGGAAUCCCGUGUUCGACCUAUGACCUCAAAGAUUUAUCUGUUUUUUAUCAUUUAUCAAAAAAAUGGCAAAACAGUAAAUUUAACUCUUCUCAUGCGCCACGUCUUCAUCCUCUCCACUAUGACACGUUUUUUUUUUUGCUUUCUUGUUUUCUAUAAUUUCUUUAUCCUUUUCUAUGUCCGUAAAUUCCAAGAAAAAAAAUCAACACAACAAUCUUCCCCAUUUUGAAUCAUUAUCGUGGCAAAGGUAAUUGAGUUUCAUCUUCAAUUUUGAAUCAACAAUCUAAAUUGAAUUGAAUUUUUGUUUGAACUUAAUUGAUUUAUCUAAAAUCUCAAUUUGUUUCAGUUUGUUGGGAGCAUGUCAUUCAUUUGAUCUUUAUUCACCUACUUUCUUUCUUUUCUUGAUUUUUUUUUGUGCUCUACAUUUCCGAUUCCUCCUCAGGAGUAACCAAUGAAGAAUAAUUUGAAGAAAAAAGGAAAACUUUUGUCUAUUGCCAAAGAUUGUGAAGUAGAAGUAUCUAUUCAAGAAGAUCGGUUCAGAGGUUCUUGGUAUAGAGCUAUCCUCGAGCAAAAUUAGACAAGAGUAAAAGGAAAAAAGCUUCGGGUUAGUUACAAAACUAUGUGCAACGAAGAUGGUGUAAAUCCUUUGAAGGAAACUAUUGAAAGAAGUUUUAUUCGGCCAGUCCCGCCAGAGUGUCUGAAUGAGGGUGCCGUAUUCAAGGAAGGGUCGGUGGUGGAUGCUUAUUUUAAUAAUGGUUGGUGGACUGGUGUUAUCGUAGUUGAAAGGCCAGAUGGUAGUAUUUUGGUUUACUUUGAUGAUCAACCAGACAUAAUGAGAUUCAUCAGAAACCAACUGAGACCUCAUGCUGAUUGGAUCGGCUCCAAAUGGGUCAAAAGCAAAAACAAGGUAUUGUUUUCUUUGUAUGUUUUAAGUUCUAAAAUUUUGAAUGUUUGAGGGCUUUAGCUUAUAUAUGAUUGUUUUGGAAUUGAGGGUAUUGAGUCAACACAUGUUUAGAAGAGGGAAGUUGGUGGAAAUGACCCGUGAAAUUAGUGAAAGUGAAAAGGAAAAAAUUUGGUCCGAGCAUUGGUAAUUACAGAGGUUCGAAAACAAGGAGAUGAUAGAAGAAAAUUUCUGAUCAAAAGAUAUAAAAUCUCACAAAAUUCGAGUGAAGAAACGGAAGGAAAACGUUUAAUAGUUGAUAUUUGCAAAAUAAGGCCAUCUCCUCCUCGAGAUCUUUGUGCAGAGUACAGUCUAAACGACUAUGUUGAAGUGGUUGUUACACAUGGGUGGCGCAAAGGUCGAGUGACGGAAAUUCUCUUUAAAAACAAAUACAAAGUGUAUUUCGCUGCCACAAAAGAAGAUACAGUUUUUAAUUAUACUGAGAUUAGGCUGUUAAUGGAGUGGCUAGGUGGUGGUAGUUGGAUUCGCGCACAUGAGGUAUUUUCUCAAACAUAAGUUGUAUUCAUUUUUGGUGCAAUUUAAAAUCUUCCUACACCAUUUUUUCAGAGAGAAUUUGAAAAUAAUGCUGCAACACCAAUCAGACCCGCUCAAGAGAGCCCUAGUAACACACUUGCUUUAGAAUCCGAUGAAGAUGAUACGUUGAAUGAUGAUGCCACCGAAAUCAAAUCCUCUCGAUAGAGCCACAGUAACACUUCUUUUUUAAAAACCACUGAGACUGAAACACAAAACCAUGAACCCGUAGAUGUAGUGGAGUUACCAUUACCUCAUGAAUCAGAUGUUAUGAUGGAUGAUGUAGCCACUCCGAUCAUAGACCCUCAAGAGAUACCACGAGGUAAAAUGUAAAUUAGGAUUUAUAAAAGCUUAUAAAUAAUUUAUGAAGACUUACGAAUUUGUAUAUUAUAAUUUAUAAAGUCCAAUGAAUAAUUUAUAAGAGCAUAUAAAUAGUUUACAAGGACUUCUAAAUCUACAUUAAAAGUUUGACAAUUAUUUUAUAAUGAUUUAUGAAGAUUUAUGAAAUAAGUUAUAAGGUAAUAUAUAAAGGCCUAUAAAUAAUUUAAAAAUAUUUAUAAAUGUGUAUAAAAUGAUUUACAAAUUUUGCCAAUUUAUAAAGACUUAUGAAUCUACAUAUAAUAAUUUAUAAAGUCCAAUAAAUAAUUUAUAAGAGCAUAUAAAUACUUUACAAGAGCUUUUAAAUCUAUAAUAGUUUAUAAAAACUAUAGUAUUGUUUUCUAAGCAUUAAACCAUAUAUAUAACUGGGCCUUAAACAUUGAUAAUCAAAAUUAGGGGUAAAAAGACGGGACCUUUUAUCGUCUUCCUCCAUUCGCGUCUGUUCCGAUACAAAUCCAAAACCACAUCUUUUGAUAUGUUUUUAUAUUCCGCCAUUCUCCAUUUCUUUGAUUACAAAAACCUACUCUUCACUGGUGGUUUUCAAUUACCAUCGAUUUCUCUCAACUCCGGUAAUGUUAUUGUUUCCUCUUGGCGAUUCUUCUUCUCGAUCUGCCUAUAAUAGAUGUGUAAUUGAUAUUUAGUGUAAUAUUUGAUUAAAUUUGUUAGAGGUUAUGGCCUUUAGGUUUAGUAUGUCGUAACUUGGAAUAUAGUAGAUUAGGGUUUUUUUUAUCAUUUGCGAUAUAUUUCAUUGCAUGUUCUUUCGCUUUUGAUGUGGUUAAUCGAUUUUAGAUUGAUCUAUGAUGAUUUACAAGUGUUGAUAAACAAAAUCUUUAUAAGUCGAUGGCUUGUAUACUCUUAGAUAAGUCGUUGGGAUGUUGAAUCAUUAUAUUGUCUUGCUUAAGUUGUUUCCCCAAUUUCAAAUCUGUUUUUUGGUGCGCGGUGCAUGAUUUAACCGACUUUGAUGUGGGUGUCUACUUCUUCCAUCAAAAUUGGUUACGCGGGUUUCGAGAAGUAAUUGAAGGUGUUGUGUUAUUGACUGUCUAAUCUAUAUUCCAUAUUCGUCUCUGUUGAAGGUUAUCUAUUUUAAGGUUUAUGGUUUAGUUUUAGAAUAUGAUUCAGAUUUCUUUGACCUUCAAGAUUUGGUUGAUCAUGAUGCAGUAAUGUUUUACUUGCUUCGUUGGGUCUUCGUUUGGGGGACAUCAUGCUAAGGCUUAUGGUUUAAGUUCUAAAAUUUUGAAUGUCUGAGGGCUUUAGCUUAUAUAUGAUUGUUUUGGAACUGAAGGUAUUGAGUCAACACAUGUUUAGAAGAGGGAAGUUGGUGGAAAUGACCCGUGAAAUUAGUGAAAGUUAAAAGGAAAAAAUUUGGUCCGAGCAUUGGUAAUUACAGAGGUUCGAAAAAAAGGAGAUGAUAGAAGAAAAUUUCUGAUCAAAAGAUGUACAAUCUCACAAAAUUCGAGUGAUGAAGCGGAAUGAACACAUUUAAUAGUUGAUAUUUGCAAAAUAAGGUCAUCUCCUCCUCGAGAUCUUUGUGCAGAGUACAGUCUGAACGACUAUGUUGAAGUGGUUGUUACACAUGGGUGGCGCAAAGGUCGAGUGGCGGAAAUUCUCCUUGAAAACAAAUACAAAGUGUAUUUCGCUGCCACAAAAGAGGAUGCGGUUUUUAAUUAUACUGAGAUUAGGCUGUCAAUGGAGUGGCUAGGUGGUGGUAGUUGGAUUCGCACACAUGAGGUAUUUUCUCACACAUAAGUUGUAUUCAUUUUUGGUGCAAUUUAAAAUCUUCCUACACCAUUUUUUCAGAGAGAAUUUGAAAAUAAUGCUGCAACACCAAUCAGACCCGCUCAAGAGAGCCCUAGUAACACACUUGCUUUAGAAUCCGAUGAAGAUGAUACGUUGAAUGAUGAUGCCACUGAAAUCAAAUCCUCUCGAGAGAGCCACAGUAACACUUCUUUUUUAAAAGCCAUUGAGACUGAAACACAAAACCAUGAACCCGUAGAUGUAAAUUUUAAACUAUCACCCCCUUGUGUGUUGUCAUAGGCUUCUUUUUCUUAUCGUUACACUAUAUGUUUUUACUAAUGAAUGAUGUGUAGGUAGUGGAGUUACCAUUACCUCAUGAAUCAAGUGUUAUGAUGGAUGAUGUAGCCCCUGUUCGAAAACGCGACCGCCUAGCCGCCUAGGCGGCUACCGCACCGAAUAUGGUCAAAUCGGGCAAUCCAGACAUUGAACCGCGUAAAUCCGCGUUGACCGCGUAAUAGCCGCGUUGACCGCGUAACAUCCGCGUAAUAUCAAAACACAGACAUUUCAUUAUGACUUGUUACUAAAAGAUUUUGUGUAAUGUCCAUUAUAUUAAAAGUUAAAACCCAAAACAAAUAGUUAAAGCCCAAAACAAACAAAUAAAAACUACAUUUGGGGAUUUUUUUACCGAGCAAUCCCUAAUUUAAAAUUCUAAAUUAUUGAGAAAGCAAAGGAGACUAAGAGUGGAGAUGUCAAGCUUAGAUUGAGAGCAAGUGAGAAGCUGAAACUGAAUCGAGUUACCAAAUUUCAUUUCUUCACGAAGUCAAGGUAAUAUCGUUGUUUAUGUGUUAGCAAAUUAAGUUACGAAGCUGUGAAUUCUUUUUUUUGUUCACUGGUGUUUGUUUACAACUAGUUCUCUGUUUUGACUUUGCUUCUUCUUUUGUUUUUUAAUUCUUUUGUUCUUUUGUGUUUGUUGUCGUGAGAAACAUAGAAGACAUAAUUUUUUUAAAGGUUAAUUGUACUUGUCUGUUUUGCUUCUUCUUUUGUUCUUUUGUUGUUUUGUUGUUUUGUUCUUACGUACGUUUGUAGUUCGUCACACACAUGCUCAUACUUCAGACAUAAUUUUUUUUUAAGGUUAAAAAGAUGGACAAUCCACCAACAGAUGCACCUCAUCCACUGAAGCGAAAUUCAAAUGAUGUGGGAUGGGAAUUUGGAGUCUUAUGUAAUCCAAAAAAUGUAGACAAGGUCAAAUGCAAGCUGUGUGGAAAAGAAUUCUAUGGUGAUAUUUACAGGAUGAAAGAACACAUUACUCAUGUGAAAGGGAAUGUCUCAGCCGGUCCUGUAUCAUCUAAAGCGGAUCAAGAGAAGUGUAAGCAGGAAAUUCUUGAUGCAAAAGAGAAAAAGGGUUUGAAGAGGAAACAUGAACAAGAAAUGAGGGCAGAAGUGAACAUAAACAAAGGCAGCAAUGUUGAAGAAUUGGAAAGAGAGUUGGGAACUCUUAAAAGUCCUCACUUCCAAGGUCCCAUUGAUCAGUAUGCAACCUCCAUAAACCCUGAAGCUUCUUUGGCUGCACAAGCAGGACAACAAAAUAUACAUGACGCUAUAUCUAAGGAAAAGACACAUGCUGUCCGUCAAUACUUUGCUAGAUGGAUGUAUGAGGCAAAUGUUGCUUUCAAGGCCAUUGACAAUGAAAGUUUCAGGUUGUUUUGUGAAGCUUUGGGACAGUUCGGACCUGGUUGGGUGCCUCCAAAUCAGUAUCAGCUUAGAGGACCAUUGUUAAUUGAGGAACAAAAAAGGACCAAGGAAAAGUUGAAGAGUCUAGAAGAAGAAUGGGAAACAGAAGGCUGCUCAGUGAUGAUCGAUGCAUGGAGUGAUAUGAAAAGAAGAAGCAUAAUGAAUUUGUAUGUCAACUCAAGGGGAGGUACAUGUUUUCUUUCAUCAAAAGACACCUCUAAAGAUUUUCACACGGGGGAGUACAUCUUCAAUUACAUUGACCAGUGGAUUGAAGAUAUAGGAGCUGCAAAGGUAGUGCAAGUGGUCACUGAUAAUGCUACAAACAACGUGGCAGCUGCAAAGAUGCUAAAACAAAAGAGACCAAAUAUAUUUUGGACAGGUUGUGCUGCACACACUAUAGAUCUGAUGCUCGAGGGAAUUUCUAAGCUUCCCGGAAUUGCAAAGAUAAUUGACCAAGCAAAAGCUGUUACGAUCUUUAUAUAUGCUCAUCAUACAACACUGUCCAUGAUGAGAACAUGUACAAAGAACAGAGAUAUCGUAAGACCAGGAGCAACAAGGUUUGCAACUUGUUUUUUGACUAUGCAAAGCCUAUACGACAAGAAGGCACAACUGAUGAGCAUGUUUGGCAGUGAUGAAUGGCAUAGUUGUAAGCAUUCGAAGUGUCUGAAGUGUAAGAAUACAUUUGACACGAUUAUGAGUCAUGGGUUUUGGAGUAGUGUGAAUGUUGUCUUGAAGAUCUUCAGCCCUCUGGUGAAGGUUCUAAGGCUGGCUGAUGGGGAGAAAGUACCUUCUCUUGGAUUCAUUUAUGGUGAGAUUAUCGAAGCUAAGAAUUCUAUCAAAGAAGCUUCAAAUCAUUUAGAGAAGAACUACCUACCUAUCUUUCGAAUCAUUGAUGAGAAAAUGAAAGAUAGGUUAGAUACUCCUUUGCAUGUGGCUGCCUACUUUCUCAAUCCAUAUUAUUUCUACAAAGAUCCAGAAAUUCAAAAAGACUAUGAAGUCAUGGAAAGAUUCAUAGCUUGUGUAGAGACUUAUUAUCAUGGCGACUUUGAGAAGCAAAAUAGAGUUGUCAAUCAGGAGUUUGGUCUUUACAAGAGCAAAAGUGGCUCAUUUGGUAGAACUUUAGCACUCAAAGGAUGCGAGAUUAAAGAUGACAAGUUUGAUCCAGGUUUGUAUGUUCACAUUGCUUGUCUUUCAUUAACUUGUGAUCUUUAUUCAUCAAUACGAGUGAUAUGAUUUCAGGGAACUGGUGGUCAACAUAUGGAUGUGGUACACCAACUCUUCAAAAAAUGGCUACAAGGAUCCUUGCUUUGACGUCAAACUCUUCAGGAUGUGAAAGAAAUUGGAGUUGCUUUGAAGGGGUUAGUUUACUAAUUCUCUUUUUUUAGGAAUAUGAUUAUUUCUGAAAUUCAAUUUUUUUUUAAUUGCAGAUUCACACAAAAAAAGAGAAAUAGGCUAGAUGUCAAUCGCUUAAAUAGCUUAGUCUAUGUGCAAUUCAAUGCAAAGCUAUUUAAGAAGCAGAAAAAAAUUAGAGAGCAAAAUGCUGAUGUGAUAUUUGAUGAUGGUAAUGAAGAUAUAGUGGAAGAAUGGCUUGUGGGCCGUAUACCAGACAUAGACAAUGAUCUCAGUUUGCUACUUGUAACCCAAGCUCCAAGGAUAAGAGAUUUAUAUGAUGAUGACUUUGAGUCUGAAGAAGAUGAGGAAUAUGUUGUGGACAUGGAGUUUGAACCAGAUGUACAUCAAGAUGUUCCUCUCUCUCAUGAUUCAUAAUCUGCUAAGUAAGGUUAAUAAUUUUAGCUUACUUAGUAAGGUUAGUACGUUAAGUUAUAUGUCUCAGUUUUAUAGAUCUUCGUUGUUUUAUAUCUUUUUAUUUGUUGGUGUAUGUCUUUUGUUGUAGGUGUAUGCUAUAAGGUCUAGCUCCUAACACAUCUAUCCAAUUCAUGGUGAUUAUCUGAUCUGAAGACAAAAGGUCGAAGACUUCAAUCCUUUUUUGUAUUUUCUAUGUUCUCAAGAUCAAGACUAUCUAUUUUGUGUAUCUCAUGAAUUUGAAGUUGUUGUGCUUUUUGAAUUUGAUGUGUAAAGGAGAAAACAAUGUUUAUCUAUAACAACUUUUAUAUAAUUAUGUCUAAAAUUUGGUAUUUUUAUAUUUAAAAUUAUCUAAAUAUAUUAAAUUAUAUUUAAAACUAGGCCCCGCGUAUAUCUCGCUUAAUCCCCGAUUUUUUGAUAACUCGCUAGUCCCGGAACUGCCGCCCGACUAGCGCCUGGCGCAGUUCCGAACAGGGGAUGUAGCCACUCUGAUCAUAGACCCUCAAGAGAUACCACGAGGUAAAAUGUAAAUUAUGAUUUAUAAAAGCUUAUAAAUAAUUUAUGAAGACUUACGAAUCUGCAUAUUAUAAUUUAUAAAUUCCAAUAAAUAAUUUAUAAGAGCAUAUAAAUAGUUUACAAGGAAUUCUAAAUCUACAUUAAAAGUUUGACAAUUAUUUUAUAAUGAUUUAUGAAGAUUUAUGAAAUAAGUUAUAAGGUAAUAUAUAAAGGCCUAUAAAUAAUUUAAAAAUAUUUAUAAAUGUGUAUAAAAUGAUUUACAAAUUUUGCCAAUUUAUAAAGACUUAUGAAUCUACAUAUAAUAAUUUAUAAAGUCCAAUAAAUAAUUUAUAAGAGCAUAUAAAUACUUUACAAGAGCUUCUAAAUCUAUAAGAGUUUAUAAAAACUAUAGUAUUGUUUUCUAAGCAUUAAACCAUAUAUAUAACUGGGCCUUAAACAUUGAUAAUCAAAAUUAGGCCUUAAAAAUAAAACCAUUAACAAAUUAAGGGUAAAAAGACGGGGACCUUUCAUCGUCUUCCUCCAUUCGCGUCUGUUCCGAUACAGAUCCAAAACCACAUCUUUUGAUAUGUUUUUAUAUUCCGCCAUUCUCCAUUUCUUUGAUUACAAAAACCUACUCUUCACUGGUGGUUUUCAAUUACCAUCGACUUCUCUCAACUCCGGUAAUGUUAUUGUUUCCUCUUGGCGAUUCUUCUUCUCGAUCUGCCUAUAAUAGAUGUGUAAUUGAUAUUUAGUGUAAUAUUUGAUUAAAUUUGUUAGAGGUUAUGGCCUUUAAGUUUAGUAUGUCGUAACUUGGAAUAUAGUAGAUUAUGUUUUUUUUUAUCAUUUGCGAUAUAUUUUAUUGCAUGUUCUUUCGCUUUUGAUGUGGUUAAUCGAUUUUAGAUUGAUCUAUGAUGAUUUACAAGUGUUGAUAAACAAAACCUUUAUAAGUCGAUGGCUUGUAUACUCUUAGAUAAGUCGUUGGGAUGUUGAAUCAUUAUAUCGUUUUGCUUAAGUUGUUUCCCCAAUUUCAAAUCUGCUUUUUGGUGCGCGGUGCAUGAUUUAACCGACUUUGAUGUGGGUGUCUACUUCUUCCAUCAAAAUUGGUUACGCGGGUUUCGAGAGGUAAUUGAAGGUGUUGUGUUAUCGGCUGUCUAAUCUAUAUUCCAUAUUCGUCUCUGUUGAAGGUUAUAUAUUUUAAGGUUUAGGUUUUGUUUUGGAAUAUGAUUCAGAUUUCUUUGACCUUCAAGAUUUGGUUGAUCAUGAUGCAGUAAUGUUUUACUUGCUUCGUUGGGUCUUCGUUUGGGGACAUCAUGCUAAGGACUAUGGUUUAAGUUCUAAAAUUUUGACUGUCUGAGGGCUUUAGCUUAUAUAUGAUUGUUUUGGAAUUGAAGGUAUUGAGUCAACACAUGUUUAGAAGAGGGAAGUUGGUGGAAAUGACCCGUGAAAUUAGUGAAAGUGAAAAGGAAAAAAUUUGGUCCAAACAUUGGUAAUUACAGAGGUUCGAAAAAAAGGAGAUGAUAGAAGAAAAUUUCUGAUCAAAAGAUGUACAAUCUCACAAAAUUCGAGUGAUGAAGCGGAAUGAACACAUUUAAUAGUUGAUAUUUGCAAAAUAAGGCCAUCUCCUCCUCGAGAUCUUUGUGCAGUGUACAGUCUGAACGACUAUGUUGAAGUGGUUGUUACACAUGGGUGGCACAAAGGUCGAGUGGCGGAAAUUCUCAUUGAAAACAAAUACAAAGUGUAUUUCACUGCCACAAAAGAGGAUGCAGUUUUUAAUUAUACUGAGAUUAGGCUGUCAAUGGAGUGGCUAGGUGGUGGUAGUUGGAUUCGCGCACAUGAGGUAUUUUCUCACACAUAAGUUGUAUUCAUUUUUGGUGCAAUUUAAAAUAUUCCUACACCAUUUUUUAGAGAGAAUUUAAAAAUAAUGCUGCAACACCAAUCAGACCCGCUCAAGAGAGCUCUAGUAACACACUUGCUUUAGAAUCCGAUGAAGAUGAUACGUUGAAUGAUGAUGCCACCGAAAUCAAAUCCUCUCGAGAGAGCCACAGUAACACUUCUUUUUUAAAAGCCACUGAGACUGAAACACAAAACCAUGAACCCGUAGAUGUAAGUUUUAAACUAUCACCCCCAGCUUGUUUUUGAGUGGCGGCUUCUCAUAGUUCCUUGUCUGAACAUGUUGUGGAGCUCUUUUGACACUUCAAUAAAUCGACUGUCAAUGCUUUUUCGUCCAACCUGGCUUAUGCUUUUGUAUUACUUCACAUGUAUGAUGUUCCAGUAGUUUUUAAUGAUAUUUUCUUUCCUCUUUUCUUUAAUCAUUAGUUAAAUUUUGAAAAUUUCAAAUUUUCAAAUUUUCAAAUUUUCAAAAUUAUACGGUAUAGUUUUACUGAGUUAUACUUCGUUCUACUGGGUAAUACUGAUGUUUAGUUAUACUGAGUUAUACUGGUUAUACUGUGUUAUACUGAGUUAUACUGUGUUAUACUGAGUUAUAUUGAGUAUUACUAAGUAUUAUUAAGUAAGUACUAAUGAGUGGUACUACUAAGUGCAAUUAUACCAAGUUCUACUGAGUUGUACUGUGUAAAACUGAUUACUACUCGAGUUAGUUAUACUGAGUUCUACUAGUUAUACUGUGUUCUACUAAAUAUUACUGAGUUCUGAUAAGUACUACUGAGUUUUACUAAGUACUACUGGGUUCUACUAAGUAUUACUGAGUUAGUUGUACCGAGAGUAAUACCAAGUUAUACUGAAUCCAGAUCUGAAGAUGAAAAUAAAUUACAAACACGAAGGAACAAGAACAAUAAGAACUCUAAAUAAUAAAAACUCAGAAAUAUAUUUAACAACUCUAAAUCGAAAAAACACCAGAAGAAUAAAAACCCUAAAACUAAG